UCCGGGAGAGGGGUGACAUUUUUGUGACUCGAGAAAUAGUCGAACGGGUUUGUCCGUAACGUUUGCCGGUCAGAGUAACUUCACUUUUCAGUUAAUUGGCCAAUAGGAAGCGUUUUAUUUAAGAAAAAUACUACUUUUGGGGUUUAUUUUUCCAGCAUCGGGUUACAGUGAAGAUUGUGGGCUCAGUUCGUAGAGGAUUUUGUCUUGUCAGAGUCCUCUGUCGCUGUGCUCCGUCGGGGAGGAUGGCUUUUCCCCAGCCGCGAACGCAGCCACCUCAGCUUACCCAGCACCUGUUGCGGACAGUGGAUUGCCAACAGGGAGCUGUCAGAGCUGUUCGGUUUAACGCCGAUGGCAACUACAUGCUUUCGUGUGGCAGUGACAAGACCCUUCGCCUGUGGAGUGUGAGUCGGGGGACUCUGCUGAAGACGUACAGUGGCCAUGGCUAUGAGGUUCUGGACGCUGAUGGCUCCUUUGACAACAGUCAGAUCUGUUCCUGCAGCUCUGAUAAGACCGUGAUACUGUGGGAUGUUACAACAGGCCAGGUCACCCGGAAACUGCGGGGCCAUGCCGGGAAGGUAAACAGUGUGCAGUUCAAUGAAGAUGCUACAGUGAUUAUUUCUGGAUCCAUAGAUUGCUCAGUAAGGUGUUGGGACAUACGCUUCAGAAGGCCUGACCCUAUACAGAUUUUGGAUGAGGCACAGGACAGCGUGAGCAGUGUUAAAGUAUCAGAGCAUGAGCUACUCACAGGCUCAGUGGAUGGCCGAGUGAGGCGUUACGAUCUUCGGAUGGGGCAGCUUCACGUGGACUUCAUCAAUAGCCCUAUCACAUGUGUGUGCUUCAGCCAGGAUGGUCAGUGCACACUGAGCUCCAGCCUGGAUGGUACCAUCCGCCUGUUGGAUAAGAAUACAGGCGAAAUGCUGGGAGAGUAUACUGGCCACAAGAAUAACAGCUAUAAACUGGACUGUUGUCUGUCUAACAAAGACACCCAUGUGCUGAGCUGCUCUGAAGAUGGUCAUGUGUACUGCUGGGACCUGGUAGAGGGUUCUUUGUCAUGUAAGUUGCCAGUGGGGAAAGCAGUUGUGCAGUCACUGUCCUUCCAUCCGUCACAGCCCCACCUCCUCACAGCCAUCGAGGGACGUGUACAGGUGUGGGGAGCGGAGCCACAAGAUACAGAUGCACAGUGAUUGCUAUAAGAGUUAUGAUGUUUAAUAGAUCUUUGCAGGUUGUAAAAAAACCUUUUCUUUGUUUUAUAUCUACUUUCUAAAAACAUAUUCAUAGUUCUUGUAUUUUUUUAGUUGUGUGAAAGAAAAUAUUUUGCCAUAAUAAACUGAAAUACUGAACACUGGAAUGCAUUUUGUGGGCUGUGUGGUAUACAGAAAACAAUGCAAAUUAGACAAAAGAAACAGAUCCCUAAACACCCUCUAUUUACAGUAUUUCUCAAUAUAUUGUAUUUCAUCUUGGUUGAAAAAAACAAAGCAUACUACCUUUCUGUGCAUCACCAUAAGCUAAGCUUUCAUUAAUAUAAGGGGUAAAUGCCAUUAAGAUAAAGUCUACUCUUGGCGACCACUCGUGUUUUUCACCGAAGGGACGGUUAUAGAAGCAGUUUAUG